CAAUAACUGCUUUUACAGACUAUUACAUUUAUGUUAUCUAGUACUUCUGCUAUAUAGAGUUUAAGAUUGUGUAUUGAACAUUGUUACAUAUUGUCUCUAUCAACAGAUUGUAACACAAAGCCAGCAUUUUCUGUCUCUCAAUAGAAAUGUUAACUAGAUUAGAUUAGUCAGUAUAAGGGCUUAUGUUUAAAUCACUACAGUGCUCUGUUGUCAGACCAUUAUCACGUUAUAAACACUGUGUGAAAAUGACUAAUUUGGUUGUACAUUAUAAAAAAUAUUCCUGCUGACUAAAACUGACCUAUUUUCCUGAGCAUUUAAGCACUUUAACCCUUGACUUUGAUGAUAGGCUUUAGUUUACUAUCUCUUCACAAUCCAAAUGUUGACACUGCACAUGCUUUCACUGUGACUCUACAAUAUAACAUCCAGUGACAGAGGUCAAUAACCAUUGCUAUUUCUACAUAUUUGUUGUAUUUUCAUGGAAUCACGGUGGUUACGAGUCAGAUUUCUGAAGGACAGUAAAGCAUUUUCUGGGUCUGUAGAUCCAACCCUCCCAAACAAAACCCUGAGCAGAGUAGCCCUGGUAGAUCGACAGUCUAGCAUCUGUUUGCGAUAUGGAGCCAGGGGUACGAAGUCUAGAAACCAGUGAGAUAGUCCUGAUUUCAGAUGAUCAAAGUGAGAGCCACUCCUCCAAUUCUGACAUCGUCCAUCUAGAGGCAGAUCUCCAUGGUAGGAUGGAAUCAGAUGAAGAGGAGGAGACGGAUCUCCAGAGCAGCAUGCUGAGCAUGCUUGGCAGCGAUAAGGAGCUGGCCGAGAUGGCAGCAGAGUUUGGAGCUUCUCUGGAUGUCAGGCCUCACGCAGAACCCGAUUUAAAGCCUCCAGAGACUGGGGAGCUUCUGAUGUGUGUAGAAGACCCAUUUGUCGAGGACUUUGGGCCAGAAGACGAUUCUCAGCCAAUAUUCGCUUAUACCCCUCUUGUGUCUGAAUCUUUAGAUUUUACACUUGCUUCUGUCCCAAUAUCUGAAAUCAUCUCACAGGUUUUAGAACAACUCCCAUCUCCACAGGUACUUCAUCAGACUCCUUUAUCUACACAAACAGCCUCAGGGGAGGCUCACAUUUUUAAAUCAGAGCCUAUUAAUGCACCUAUCAUGUCUCAAGACUGCACAACGUCAUCUUCAGAGUUGGUUCCUCAUGCAGAAAUGGAGCCAGUGACAUCAGGAACCUCUGCCAGUUCUCCCUUGUUGCUAGUUGGUAGUGCUGCCCUGGUGGCAAUAACGGGAGUACUUACAUAUAUGUUGAGAAGAAAGUAGCAGUGCCAUAUCAGGACUGUAUUUCUCUUUAACAGUUUAACAAUGUGACUAAAUGCUAAUACUUUUUCUUUUUAGUUCUGUUUACUGUUCCCUAAUAAAAGUUCAAAUAAAAGCAACUAUUUGUUAUU